ACAUCACCGUCCCCAGUGGAACAGCCGCUACUCCCAAACCAACAACUAUGUUGCAACCUCCCACUUAUAUCACCAAACCAAGCAAGCCAUCUUCCCCCAGCUCUACCCUGACCAGCUCUACCACUUCUAAGAGUGCCCAGCCCUCUGGUCCCACCACCACACAGCCCCUGCUGACGGAUUCUGUUAAUACCCCCAAAUCUACAACAAAGAGACCAGGCGUGGACCAGAUGACUCCUGGGCAACCUCCAGAUUCUGCAUCCUGCAUAGUUUCCGGAGAUCCCCAUUAUGAAACGUACGAUGGCCACCUCUUCCAUUUCAUGGGGAAUUGCACCUACCUGCUCACUGCCACCUGCAAUGCUACGCCCGACCAGCCCACCUUCCAGAUCCAGACAACCAACGAACACCGCGGGAGCAACACCAAGGUUUCCUACCUCAAGUCGGUCAAUGUCACUGUGCACGGGACCCAGAUCGUGCUGCUGAAAGGGCGGAGAGUAACUGUAGAUGGAAAGCGAGUUACCUUGCCUGUCUCUCUGGCUGGGGGACGAGUGUCUGUGCGCCUGAGUGGCACUUUUGUUCGGGUCCAAACGGUUUUCGGCCUCUCGGUGAGAUUUGAUGGGAACCACCAUGCUGAGGUCUCCGUCCCAUCGUCCUAUUUUGGGAAGCUCUGCGGCCUUUGCGGGAACUUUAACGGACAAUUAGGAGAUGACAAUCUCAUGCCUGAUGGCACCUCAGCGGGGGCAGAUGCCAACCAGCUGGGGAAGAGCUGGCAAGUGCCCAACAUAGGUUUUGACAGCUGCACGGACCCAGAAGAUCCUGAAAAAUGCAAUCCGGACAUUGCAGCGGAGGUUCAGGGACCCACCAGUUGUGGGAUUCUUGCAGAUCCCCAAGGUCCAUUUGCUCAAUGCCAUGACAAGGUGCCACCCGAGGUGGCAUUUGAGAACUGCUUCUACGACCUCUGCGAAACUGGCGGAGACACAGGGAUGCUGUGCUUUGCCCUACAGUCCUAUGCCGACCGCUGUGCCCAAGCCGGGGUCCCCAUCGUCUGGAGGAACAGCACUUUCUGCCCCCUAAACUGUCCUCCGGGAAGCUCCUACAGCCCCUGCGGUACGGCCUGCCCUGCAACCUGCCUGGAUCCGGAGCCCCAGAACGGCUGCCCUGCCCUGCCCUGCGUGGAGGGUUGCGUGUGUGACCAGGGCUCCGUCCUCAGCGGAGACCAGUGUGUGCCACUCAGCCAGUGCGGCUGCACAGAUGGCGACGGGAACUACCACGUGGUUGGUGACAGCUGGAUGGGGAACCCGAACUGCACCCAGCGCUGUUCUUGUGCUGCUGACAACCAGAUCACCUGCGAGGAAUGGAGCUGUACCCCUGUCCAGGAGUGCCGCCCCGUGGAGGGCCUGCUGGGCUGCCAAGACACAGGAGUGGCCACUUGCCACGUGGCCGGAGACCCCCACUACUACACCUUUGAUGGCAAGAUGGUCUCCUUCAUGGGCACCUGCACCUACACCCUGGUGGCCCUGUGCCAGCAAGACCCUCACCUCCCGGUCUUCAACAUCAUGGCCAAGAAUGAGGAGCGUGGUCAGCCAGAGGCCUCCUACCUGCGCCACGUGACGGUCCACAUACACGGAGUCACCAUCACUCUGCAGAAGAGCCGGCGGGUGCUGAUUGACGGUCAGCGUGUCCGAGUCCCCGUGGAGGACCGCAUCCCGGGGGUCUCCAUCGUUCCCAGGGGCAUCUACGUAGUCAUCGAGACGAACUUUGGGCUGGUGGUGAAGUUUGACGGAAACCACCACUUGGAGAUUCAGCUGCCUGGGACCUAUUUUGGGAAGGUUUGUGGCAUGUGUGGUAACUUCAACAACCAGACUGCAGACGAUUAUCUGAUGUCAAACGGACAUUUGGCAGUCAAUGACACCCAGUUUGGGAACAGCUGGAAAACACUGGGCGAUAGUGACGUCGGCUGCCAGCCAGAUAACCGUCCGGACUUGAACCCCAACUGUUCCAUCCAGGAACUGGAGCGCCUGAGCGCCUUGUGCCUGGAGAUCAUGGCGCCCAAGUACGAAGCUUGCCACUCCCUCAUCGACCCAAAGCUUUUCUUCCAGAACUGCCUUUACGACAUGUGUCAGUACCAGGGCAUGACCUCCGUCCUCUGCGACAACAUCCAGGCCUACGUGGAGGCCUGCAAGAGCCACGGCGUGACCGACAUCUCCUGGAGAAACAGCACCUUCUGCCCUCUUCCCUGCCCUCCAAACAGCCACUUCUCCGAAUGCGCCUCUCCCUGUCCGGCCACCUGCUCCAACCUCUAUGCCCCUGCCAGCUGCCACCACCCCGCACCCUGCGUAGAGGGCUGCGCCUGCGACCGAGGCUACGUGCUCAGCGACUUCACCUGCGUCCCGAUGCGGGAGUGUGGGUGUCGGGGCCCUCAGCAGGAAUACUACAAUUCUGGAGACACCUGGGUGACGAGUGGCUGCCAGCAACGCUGCACCUGCCUGAGUGGGCAAAUUCAGUGCCAGACUUUCAGCUGCCCGACGGGGUCCCAGUGCAGCACCAGCAACGAGGGCCUUCACUACUGCCGGCCCACCACCUUCCACCAGUGCGUGAUCUUGGGGGACCCCCACUACCGCACCUUCGACAACUUCGUCCACCACUUCCAAGGCCGGUGCACCUACACCUUGACUCGGACACUGGGGCGAGUCCCCCAGGGGCUGGAACCCCUCUCCGUGGCCGGCCGGAACCACCGCCGAUCCAUCCUCCACCGUGUCUCCUUCCUGCGCGAAGUCUACGUGGAGGUGCUGGGCUUCCGCGUCACCCUGAUGCAGGGACGCAAGAUGGCGGUCAACGGCGUGAUGGUCACUCCUCCCUACUCCCCCACGGAGGGGCUCCAGAUCACCCAGAGGGGCCGCAGACUGAUUGUAGAGACCAACUUUGGCUUCUCGAUCUCGUAUGAUGGCCACAAUGCUGCCGAGAUUGUCCUGCCCAGCACCUACCAGGAGCAGGUUGGCGGCCUCUGCGGGAAUUAUGACGGCCGUCGCAAUAACGAGUUCAUGAAGCCAGAUGGGACGCGGGCUCGGACACUCAACGCCUUUGGCAACAGCUGGCAGGUUACGGUCAAGAGGAUGGAGCUGGACGGAGGCAGCGGGAACUUCGGCCCUGCCAGAGUCAGGCGUCAGGAGCCGGAAGAAGAGCCCGAAUCGGGGUUCGAGGAGGACUGCACCCCAGAGCAGCUGGCCUCCGUCAACGGGACCAAGGCCUGCGGGGCAUUGUCGGACCCCAGCGGCCCCUUCUCAGCCUGCCACGCCGUGGUGUCCCCUGCCCCGUUCCAAGAGAGCUGCGUCUACGACCUGUGCGCCUUGUUUAACGACACGGAGCUCCUGUGCCAAGACCUGGAGGCCUAUGCCCAGCUGUGCCAGGAGCAGAAGGUGGACCUGGGGCCGUGGCGGCAGAAGAUCGGUUGCGCAAUGGAGUGCCCGGCCCACACCAGCUACCAGCCUUGCAUGACUGCCUGCCCUGCGAGCUGUGCCAACCUGGCUGCCCAGUCCAACUGCGAGGCCUCUUGCGUUGAGGGCUGUGCCAGCGACCCCGGCUACGUCCUCAGCGGGCUGGUCAGCGUCCCUUACGACCAGUGCGGCUGCUCCAGCUUCGGCCAGUAUUACCAAAUCAACGAGACCUUCGUGACGGAGGACUGCUCCCAGCGAUGCACCUGCCAGGCCACGAGAGUCCUGGACUGCUCGCCGAACAGAUGCGGCCCAGGGGAGAUCUGCGCCGUGUCCAACUACGUCCGCAGCUGCUUCCAAGACAACGCCUGUCUCAGCAGCCCCUGCCAGAACGAGGGGACGUGCGAGGUCACCCCGGGGGGCUUCAGGUGCCUCUGCCUCGAGGGCUACAUCGGAUCCCUCUGUGAGGAUUCCCCGCUGGAGAGCUCAACCCCAGCGCCCCCCAAAACCAGCGCCUCCAGUGCCACCAGCACCAUCAGCCAGACGACUAUCGCAGGAAACUCCAAUGGACCUGACUUGCUGGUCAUCCUGCUGGGCGUCUUCAUCCCACUGGCCGUCAUCCUCCUCCUGACCUUGAUCAUCCUCUGCGCCUGUCGGCACCGGAACCACGGGUACAAAACGAAGCUGGAGGAAGAUCGCAUCUCCAUCAUUUCGACCGCAGGCUUCCGUGGCUUGUGAGGCCCCGACCCACGAGAAGAGCGUCUCCCUCGCCCAUCCCCCAUAGGUCACGACAGGACUCUCCCCCACCCCCCAAUCUCUAGAGCUGGCUUCAUUGGGAGGACAAUGAGGGAACCUCCACCCCAACUCCACCCAGAUCAACGGGCACCCACCAAGUAGCUGGCCGUGGCAUCCAGUUUCCUCCAGGAUCUGUUGGUUGGUCCCUGACAGUGGCCUCGUCUCUGCAUGCCCCCAGGAGGGGAAGGACCUCUGCAGAAAGUGCCUGGGAGGAAGGGAGGAAGAUAGGAAGGAAGGAAGGAAGGAAGGAAGGAAGGAAGGAAGGAAGGAAGGAAGG